UCUGAGGGAAGGUUUGUGGUGAUUUUGGUCCUGGGCUGUGCAGGACCCCAAGGCCUUGCAGAAUUUACGUAUAACGUGUGUGUUUGGAAGGGCAGGACAGAGGUUAUCAGGGGCUACUGGUUCUGGGUCCUUCUGUUCACCGCUGGCAUUAGCAGAUGAGCCCUGUCUGUCUCUUUAUUCAUAUAGAGACUUAUGUUUUCCUAGGCACAGGAUAAAAAACUAGGCUUGCAAGGGACUGCUUGCUUUUACAGGUUUGCCGGAAUUGGGAAUUCGAAUUGAUCAAUUUCAGUCUUAAAGGUUUGGACUCUGAGGUUAUUCCCACCCUCAUUUUAAACAGGUAUAAAUCCAGAGUUAACUCCACUGAAGGAAGAGUUAUGUGGCACAAAGCCACUGUGCAUGUCUGUGAGCAGGUACAACUGACAGAAAUAAAAAUAACGAAGUAGUGGUGAAUAAGCCGGGUACCUUACUUUCAGCCAUAAUAAGCAGGGUAUCUGAGAAGCAGAUGUUCUCCGUCUUGCAAGUGCUAGUCUCUAGCUGAACAUGGCUGAGAAGGCAGUGAGGUCCCCUGAACCCCUGUGAGGCGUGAAUGUAUAUACAGGUUUUAAUGAUGUCUUAGAGGCAGUGUCUCCGCAAUCUGAUCACUACAUACAGAAUUACAGUAUUAGAUACACUGCCAGACGAGUGAUAGGCAUGAAUUGGCUUUACAGAGAUCGGCCAUUACAUGUCUCCUUGUGUCUACCAUAAGCUAUUAAUCAAAGUUAAUGGAUGUACUCUUCUGCAGCUUUGUUCUCUCAGGGCAGAUUUAUAACCCCAGGUUGGUCCCAUAAGCACGGGUGCCAUACAUUACACCUCCUGAUGAUGUCUAGUGCUGGAGUGCAACAUGUAAAGGGCUCCUUUACAACUGAUGGUGGAGUAAUUUUUGACAGGACUGGGCAGCUCUACUGCCCAGGGAAUGGUUGUGCAUUAGCGGGAUGACAAAGGCUAGGUUUCUCCUGCCCUUUCGCUUUAACACGCUCCCUGAUACCAGAGAAUAGCUGUGUGCUGGACUGGGACAAUACUUCUCUGACCAAAUGAGCCCAAAACAAGCAUGAGGAGAAACUCUUCACCCAGUCGCUGCUCCUCUGUUGUUACUGCUUGGACUUCAGAUUGCAUCCUUUGGAGGAUCUCUGAGAGCUUCAGAAGGACUAAAGAAUUAUGCCUCGCAGCAGCCCAUAAGGUGGUCCAGGAGCUCGCAUUUUGUCGCUGUUCUAAGGAUGUGUUCCUCUGACCACCUGCUGGCAUCUGGGGUUUCAUUUCCCUUUCCCGGCAUCCACUUUCUUCAGCCUCUGGGGUCACACUGCUGCGGCGGCUCCCGUGAGGAUGCAGCGGGCGCGGCUGCCCGGCCGCUCGGCGUCGGCGGGGACGCGCCCUGCGGAGGACUGAGCCCCCCGGCCCCCCUGCCCGCGGCCACCAUGAACACCAACGUGUGCGUGGAGAGCGGCCCCAACCCCGAGGCGCCGGGGCUGCCCAAGGACAGCCACCUGCCCGAGGGGGCCCUCAACAGCCUUGUGGAUUACAACUCGGAGAUGGAGAGGUACCGCUCCUUCGCCACCUUCUACAAGACCAACGGCGGCGCCUUCCCGCAGGCGGCCAAGAUCGCCCGCAUCACCACCCCCAUCUUCCCCAGCGCCGCCGCCGCCGCCGCCGCCCGCAUCGGCAUGUCCCCCUGGAACUGCGACACCGCCACCGCCGCCGCCGCCACCGCCAUGCUCUGGGGCAGCGGCGGCGGCGGCGGCGGCGCGGCGAGGAAGCCUUCCUCCUCCUCCUCCUCCUCCUCCUCCUCCUCCUCGUCCUCCGCCGCCGCCGCCGCGGCCGCCGCCGCCGCCUCGUCGCUGCACGCCGGCAGGGGCAGCAUGCACCACCGGAGCGACUCGCAGCGGCUGGGCAAGCCCGGCUGCGCCCCCGGCGAGCAGCCGGCGCUGCCCAUGGCCAACAACAACUUCCUCUCCAGCCUGGCCCCCGAGCACUGCCGGCCGCUGGCGGGCGAGUGCAUGAACAAGCUCAAGUGCGGCGCGGCCGAAGCCGACAUCAUGAACCUCCCCGAGCGCGUCGGCACCUUCUCGGCCAUCCCGGCGCUGGGCGGCCUCUCGCUGCCGCCGGGGGUCAUCGUCAUGACGGCCCUGCACUCCCCCGCCGCGGCCUCGGCCGCCGUCACAGACAGCGCCUUCCAGAUCGCCAACCUGGCGGACUGCCCGCAGAGCCACGCCUCGGCCGCCCCCGCCUCCGCCCUGGGCGCCGCCGCCGGGGCGGGGGGCGGAGGAGGCGGCGGCGGAGGCGGCGGAGGCGGUGGCGGUGGAGGGGGGACCGGCGGCGGCGGGGCCGGGGCCGGGUCGGGGAACCCCGCCAAGAAGAAGCGGAAACGCUGCGGGGUGUGCGUGCCCUGCAAGCGGCUCAUCAACUGUGGAGUCUGCAGCAGUUGCAGGAACCGCAAAACGGGACACCAGAUCUGCAAGUUUAGGAAAUGUGAAGAGCUUAAGAAAAAACCUGGCACUUCGCUAGAGGUCAGAGGAGAUGAUUUCUUUUUCCCCAGCCUCCCGCCGUCCCUCCUCAACCCCCUGCCCCCGCCCCUGCAGUGCUUCUUGUCUAGCUUCAAGAUGCAGCACCCCUUUUCCGAGGCCUCCUUCAGGCUCUGAGGGCCCCCCCCCGGCCCCGCCGAGCCCCGCGGAGCCCGGCGCCCCCCGCGCCGCCCGGCCCCGGCGCCGGCCCCGCUCCCGGCCCCGCUCCCCGCAGCGGGCCCGAGCCGGAGAGCCGGAGGCGGCUCCGUGCCUCCCUCCCCGCCGCACGGGGACACCGCUCGCCUGGCCCGCCCGCCGCCCGUGCUCCGAGACCGGUGGCUAUCUCUGGGUUCUCUCUGGGUUUUCCUCUCUCUCUCCUUUCGGUUUGUGCCGAGCCGUUUUGCUUUGCUUUGCCUUUUCGUUGGUGGGUUUUCUUUCUCUGGUGGUGGUGGUGGUGGUGGUGGUUUGGGGUGGUGGGGAGAAGGGUGGCCGGGUGUGAAGUACAACGGGGGGAAAAAACAUAGCGCAGGCUUCUGGCCGGACUGCACCCACGUCUCUUUACGCUGUGCCCUCGGACCUGACGAUGUGCUAUUGAAUGCUCCCCGGCCGUACAGACAGGCUUUCAAGGUUGCUAGGCGUGCCGCAGACAGGCAGAUUCGACGGCGCAGAAAUUUCGGCGAACGUACCCGAGCCCAGCAGACAAUGGAAGGCAAAGUACCCCUCUGCACAUAAAACGGCUGGUGGUUGAUGUCGUUAGGCAAAGGAAAGAAGCGAGGGGAGAGACUAGUAAUCAUACUUAAUCCCUUGUCAUUAUUAAAAUUAUAGUGUCGCUGGCGAGGCGCACGUAUCAGAUGUGUCUGGAGGUGUCGAGGAUGAUGGAUUUAGUACAGAGGAGCGGUGCACACGAGGUGACAUCAAGAUUUGUAGUCAUAGAAAUUAGCAACUUAGUGAGAAAUCGCAACUUCCCCUGUCCCCGUGCGCGCGGGGCGGCCGGUGCCCCCGGUCAUUGCUCGCAGGAGCAGAGGUGGGAUGAGGGCCCCGGGGGGAGCAGCAGUAAGAGCCCACCCAUCCAACCCGCGCUAAAUACACGCAGACAGUGGCACCGGGCGCUGGGAUGAAGGCAACGCUGGGGUUGUGAGUGACGUUUGGCUGAUAGCGUUAACUCUUUUGUAGCCGGCCUCAUCAAAAUAACCGAUGAAUUUCCUCCUUGCAAGAGUGGCUUCUCCUUGCUGGAAGUUUGCUCUGUAGCUCUGCAUCCGCUUGGCUGGUUUUGUGCAUGUGUGAGGGCCCGGCAUCACUGACCUCCAGCCCAAUACGGACUCUCCAGGUGCUGGAGACUAGAUGGGGUUAGCAACCCUUGGUUUAUCUCAAUUACACACACACCGUGGUUGCUUUUGUAGAAAGUUUGCAAAGAAGACGCAUAGUAGCCCGGUCUUCUCCCGAUGGACUAUCGUACCGAGCGCAGCCCAAACGAGACUUCUCUGGCGAGCGAUGUGGAGAAGCCUCGUGGCGCCCAGCCGUGCACGAGGGCCUCUCGUCAGGCUCGCCAGCCUGGGUGCUGCUGGGGCUUAACGGGCGUGAUAAAUGGCAGCUUCUGAUGGCUUAUCGAUUUGUGCAGAAAGUGAGCUAUCUCUGGGAGAAGCGCGUUUGCACGCUAUCAGAUCUUCCGAUGGGCUUGCGUGCAUCUCGGCGUGCAUCUCCAGAACUUCUUCGCUCCUGACAGAGGUGUUUGGCAGCCUUAAAAGCCGCUCAGGCAUGUUAUGAGAAUGCCGCCCAUUAAAAUUGUUUAACCACUGCGACUAGUAAAAACCGUUGUUUUAUUAGCCACUUGUGUACUCUCAUAACCACCUGCCUUUGCGUCUUCUCUUUGCUUUCUCUCCCCCCCGUUUGCGCUCUGUCAGACGGAUAAACACACAGAAGCUCCUCCGCUGCUGGGCUGGGACGCGGAGGACGCGGCUCUUGGUUCCCACCUGUGGAGGAGUCAGCAGGGCAUCGCCCCGCUGCAGGCCGUGGCUGGCCACAAAGUGUGUCACAGGACGUGGCUCACCUCCUCACAGAAACAUCCAUAGGAGAGGAGUUCCAUAACAGAGCAACUUUCCCUUUUGGUUGUUUCUCUUAUUUCUGCUUCUUUCUUUCUUUUAAUCGAGUAACGACGUGUGGCAGCAUGACUGCUAAGGCCGCAUGUGGCAGUGCGGUGCUGGCCUUGUGGCAGCCAGCAGGCCGUGGGUCAGGGAGCAGCAGGGCCAACAGGGCCAAGCCAAGGCAGUGGCCGUGGUGGGUCAGGGAGUGCUCCCCUACUGCGUGGGCAUCUCGGGCUUGUUCAUCCUGCGGCCUUGGGGAGCCGGCGCGUCUGCUCCGGUGAUCCCUUGUCAUCUGCAAAGGCACGGUCCCGAGGGAAUGCAGCGAGGAUCGAGGAAGGGAUCGCCGUGGGUGGUGUGUUCGUAGGACGUGAGAAUUGUGCUCAACAUCGGCUGCGAGUCAUGGAGAGGGUUCAAAUCAGGGGCGGAACUGUGCUCAAAAAUGAAAUAAACGGAAAACAAGAAUAAUAACAAUAAACAGCAAACUGAUUGAUCCCACUGCAAGCAUUUCUCUCUUUUUUCCUUUAAAUCUGUUCUUCUGCUGGUGCAAUGAAGGCGUACGAUAAAAUUCUCAAGGUUACUACACCAAGUGUAAGACAGAUUCACGUUAAUGCGUUCCAGUCCCUGACCCUUACAUUUUUAAUGGAGUGCUUCCCUCCCAGCAUUUUUUUUUAAACACCAGAACUACUUUUUCCUAUUUUUCUUGUACAAUUUUCACCCUCAAAGUGUCCCAAUGCUCUAGUAUUUUACAUAGAAUGUUAUUAUUACUAGGAAAUUUUAUGUAUGGUAAUAAUAAAUCUCUAAAACUAAGAUUGACGUCACGUUGCACGCUGCCUACUUGUGUAUGUAUAUUCUGUCUUCAUGCAGAUUUACAGUUGGUUUAAAGAGGCAUAAUCUUUAUUUACCCGUGGAGACUACUUAUUUUCCUCUGAUGGGCGUACGCGCCUGUAACUUCUGCAGCAGGUUAGGAAGAUCAGGAGCCGGAUAUGACUCUCUUUGAAGGAAACCACCCUGACUCAGGUGGCCCACUCCUCAUUUUCAUUAGCGCGAUAGCAAAAGCAGGCGGAGGGGCUGACUCAUGGCAGCAGGGUCUGCACGGUUCAGCCUAGAUGUGAAAUGUCUUCUGGUGCUUGGGCGUGCUGUCGUACUGGUCCGUGCUGCUUGCUUUGUUUGUAUCAGCCUCACCAAUUAGUAAUGUGCACUAUUAAACGUUUGCGUACCGACCUGAAAUACCAGCCCCCACACACCGACCUGAAAUACCAGCCUCCAGAUCCCACCGAGGCACCUCACCGAGUUGCAUUUCAAGGGAAUUUGGGAUCCUUCCCUGGGGGUAGGGUCACGGUGGUUGGUUUCCACAGAAGCGGCUCCCGACCCCGGCCGUCUUACCACCACGCGGCCUGGUCGCGGGGCAGCAAGGCCAGGGUUGGGUGGGCUGCCACAGGGCUCUGUGGCUAGGUGUCAGUUUUUUGGGGCCUUGGAAGAAGCGAUUUCCCCCCACUAAACAUGCUUUCUGCGCUGAGUUUUCCAUUCGACCUCUGGGGAUCCCCAGGGACGACUCCAUGACACAAGGCCUCUCGCUGCCACCCCCGGCACAGGCCAGGGCGGCUGCAGGUGUCACUGUGGCUCACCAUGUCUGGAUUCUGCCACUUGGAGCUCAUUGAAGCUGUUUGACCUUCUGCUGUGGGACCACAUCUCGCAAGGCUUCAUGCUGCAGUCAGUGGGAGACGUGUGACUGAGGGCAGCCUUGAGGGCCCUGCAGAGUUGAGCUUUUGGUCUGCCUACGGCUCUGGCAGAUUAGCGAGCAUGAAAAACCUAGCACAAGGGAUAUCCUCUGAAAUGGAGAUGGAUGUAGCCCGUUUUACUGCUUCAUGUUUUGUUGUUUCCCCCUUCUUCAUGUGAUGCUUGCAGAGCAAAAGAACUGACCCAACCACAUGACGAUAGCUGUGUUCAAUCCAGAAUGCACCUCGUGGAAAACUGCUGUUUGAUACAGUGCAAUAGCACCUGUGUUUUGUAAAAGGGGGACAAAAGUCACAUUUUUUAGUUCCAAAUGAAGUCCCUCCCACCUAAGGAAAUCUCUUAGUGCUGGGAUCUGGUACUGAACUGAACAGAAAUUUAAUUAAUUAAGCAAAAAUUGUAGGCCAGUCAAGGGUUGAACAGCCUCUUUCAUACAAACACUGCUUUCUACGUGCAUUGGAAAUUGCUUGCUUUAAAUCAUUGAACUGUGAUUGUUUGCCAGGGAAAUUGUCCAUAUGGUAAGGGAGGUUAACUGGUUAUGGCAGUUCUGUGCUUUCACUGCACUGAACAGUUCUUUGCACGUUUUUCUCCAUACCAAUACAGGCUGUGCAGUGGGGUUCCAGGAUGCUGCGCCAAACUUCGUUCUUUGCCCAGUGUUGUCACUGAUUCAUUUGUCUUAUUUUUUAGUCGACAUAAUGAAAUCGAUGCGCAUUGUUUAGGUUGGACAAGUGGCAUGUGUCAUGAGAAAUAUGAAUGAAAGCAGAGCUUUUUCUAGAGCAGCAAUAAGCAUAAUGGGCUCCUUUCCUUUCCUUCCUUUCCUUUCCUUUCCUUUCCUUUCCUUUCCUUUCCUUUCCUUCCUUCCUUUCCUUUCCUUUCCUUUCCUUUCCUUUCCUUUCCUUUCCUUUCCUUUCCUUUCCUUUCCUUUCCUUUCCUUUCCUUUCCUUUCCUUUCCUUUCCUUUCCUUUCCUUUCCUUUCCUUUCCUUUCCUUUCCUUUCCUUUCCUUUCCUUUUCCUUUCCUUUUCCUUUCCUUUCCUUUCCUUUCCUUUCCGUCUUUCUGUCUUAUCUAAGUCUCUUCAGAAUUUUUAUUUCCAUCUGAGGAGCACAGAAGCCAGUAUGACUUGGACCCCUGUGUCAGCUACAGCACUUUUGGAAACUCUUACCGAUGCUGUUUGUACCACGUGCUGUGGGUUGUAUACCCCAUGCCUUAUUCAAGUGAGGAGACUCAUUUAAGCCAGUAGAUACUUGAACACCAUGUUGGAUACUGCUCAUUCAGGGUGGGUAACCAUAUAGCGGCAGUUCAGAGCAACAGUCCCAAUUUUUGUUUGCCUGUGCAUGUGUGUUGACAUUACUGCUUUGUUGGGCCACUUUCCAUGCAGGUCUGUUUGCUAGGUUGACACCUAACACCAUUACUGAAGUCAGGGAAGACUUAGCUUGACUGGGGAACGAAUUAGGAUGUCAGAAAAUGAUCCCUUUUGAAUAGCAACAUCUUGGUACUACAUUUUUGUUUCAUUUGAACUCCAGGCAGUUCAAUAAAAGAUAGAUACUAAUUUCAGUACUCUGUGUCAUGCACUUGAUGCCUAGCAGUGGCUGAGAACAAGUGCUUUCCAAAUAGCCUAAAAAUUUUUAUCAGCUGCUAGUUUUCCAGCUCUACCCGUGCAUGUGUUUUAAGAGUUCAGCUGGUAAAUAAGAUAUUUCUAAGCAGGCAAACCUAGAGUGUACACCCUGAAGCCUCACCAAAUACUGCCUAAUCCUUUUGAUCACUGUUUGCGAUGGGAAGCAGCUGCUGAUUGUGCAGGGAAAGGCUUAGGAUAAGCUUUCGGAUGUACCCAAGUGAGUUAGGAGGAAUGAAAACGUAACUCAUGUCCCUGUAAGGAAGUCCCUGGGACUUGGCCUCUGUUGCUAACAAUUCCCAAGUCACCUACUAUGUGCUUAAAAACUGCCAGCAGAUACCUUGCUUUCUGAGGUGUACCACCAUCCGAAGAAAGCAUUUCUUUACUUUUGUAGUGUCUGUGUUUUUUGAAAGCUCAUCUGCUCUGAAUGAUCAUACUGAACCACAUCUUGAAGCAUGCUGUUUGGCUUGACGCUCUUUGCUAUUUGGGAGCCCAGCCUGCUGUGUCUCUUUUCUCUUCUUUUGGGUACCCUUAUUGUUUUCCACAGUCAUAUCAUGUUCAAUCACAUGCAGACACCUGUCCUGAAAUUGAAUUACUCUGUGGCGUAAUCUAGAGUCAUCCCCCAUUUCAGCAUCCCUUGCUUGCUGUUCUUUGUUGAGUUAUGUUGCACCAUACUUCAGAUGCGACAGCCAUUUAAUAAUAUUGAAGCCUUAGCUCUGCAGGGGCUAAAAAGAUCCCAGCAGGCUUGUUAACUUCUACUCUCAGACAUUAUGGGAAAUAUUUUCUCCUCCCUGGAACUCCUAGGCAUCCUCUUAAUUAAGACCAUAAAAAUCCAUAGCCAGGUAUGCGUUAAGCCUAUUGAAUUUUUUUGCAGUUUUCCAGAGUCUCUUCGUACUUAACCAGAUACCACACUGCCGAGUGAAAUACGAGAACUUAAAAGGAAUAAAAGCAGCCUGGGUCAUGCUGGAUACUGCGUUCUGAGCGGGCAGCAAACUCAUCAAAUGCCUUUUCCCUAGGCACCAUAGAGUUUUAUUCUUUCCUCUGCUCUACAUAGUGUAUUUCCUCAUUUCAGUCUCACAAGAGAUGGCCAUUUUAAAAGGUAGCUCCUCUCCUGUCUCAGGACAGUGUUCUUUUCACUUCCAGGCUGUCUUGGCUGUGGUCUCCAUUGUAUUUCUGUAUAGGAUCAUUAUUAGCUGGUGUCAGGCUUCAUUUGACUAGGAGCUAAUAAUGGGUUAUUCAGUGGUUUAGAAAGUGGAGAAGCAGCAUUAGAAUUUGAGGUAGUGGGAAGAUCUUAAUAAACACUGGAAAAUUAUGGGAAGUCCUACAGAUUUCAGGAUGGAGAUCACUGAAUACAAUAGGUGAGGAGGAAAGAGCAGCCGCAGAGUGCUGAAGCAGAGAUGGAACCAAGAGCAGCUCAGGGCUGGAGAUAAUGAACAAAGCGUCAGCAAGAGGGUGCUGCUCCUCAGCUGGAGCCGUUCAGGCACUGUGGGGCAGGUGGACAGAGUACCAGAGGUGAUCUGCUGCAACACGGUGGUGCUGAAAAUGGUGGUGAGACCUCCUGUGGUGUGAAGAAAGCAGACUACAGCUGCUGCAGUGAGCAGGAGGUUUGCCGUUAGUCAUGCCGGCACGGCAGCUGAAGAGCUCACUGGUAGUUGUCUUCCCACAACUUCUCCAAGGGAAGGCCAAGGCUUUGCACAGCAGAAGGGGAUCCUAAAGAGGGUAAGCAGGGCUUUCCACAUGCUCUCAUUGAUACAGAAGUUUUUUUCAUUCAUUUUCAUUCUUUUUUCUGAAUUGAGUAGAAUUUACGGAGAGAAUCUGGGUGCUGGGUGAGCAUGUGGUAUGGGAGGAGUUGUGUGAUCCGAACAAGUUGUUCCAGAGACAAGGAAGCAAUGAAGGCAAACGUACAGACAAGCUGACAAAUGUGAAAGAGGGAGGCAACACUAGCAGUGAAGGGCUGAAAAUGAUGAUUUGUUGCAUGAGAGCUGCUUGGGCUUAGAGGCUUCUUAGGUGUCAUGUACUGCAUGUCCAAGGGAAGCUGGAGUAUGCCAACAGUGUGCCAAUCUGCACUAUGUCAACACAAAGAAUUUGCUCCAUCAACACAAGAGAAAUACCCCUUAUGUUUUUGAGUAACAUCUGUCCCUCUGCGUGUCCUGGCUGCUGGUGGGGACGCAGACAUUGUGUAUGGGACGGAGCUGAAGAGCAUAGAAGAUACAGGGAGGGCAAAGCGUGAUUAUCGCAGUGCCAUUAAAGAGAUCAGAAGUGGAGAAGGAGCGUCAGGGAGCAGAUUCUGUUAUGUGUGCUAUCUCCAAAACGAGUGGUAUCCGUCAAACAGAGGCUGUUUGGCUACAGAGCAAGCAAAAGAGGAGAAAAUGUAUUUGGAAGGGUCAUGGGUCUGAGUAGCUGGCCACCAGGGAGUGGGUGGGAGCGGACUUGGUGGCACGAGCUUGGUAAUGACAUAAAAGCUGUUCUCCCUAAAUCACGAGCGCGUCUGAGUCCCAGGAGGCGGCGAUCACCGUUGGCUGUUUGCUUGAAAGCUGAUGUAAAAUAAAUUGCAGGUCAAAGUCCAGCAGAGUUGACGGUGUCAUGAAAAUAAUCACCGAGAUGAAUCUUAAUUGUCAUCCUUGAAAAUUUCAGAAGACAUACCAGGGAAUUAAUGGGACUCAGAGCCAUACACAGCCUCAUAAAGCUCUUCCGUCUGGUUGGGAGCUGUGAUGACACGCUGCACAGGAGUUUGUCUUGCUGCUGCUCUCUUUCAGUCUGGCAAGACAGCCCAUGGUGCUCACGGGCUGCAAGAACCAAACCGGCACCUGCAGCAAGUCUCAGGCGUUGGCUGGAAAUACCUCCCAGCCCAGGUAGCUUACUGAAUGCAGCCUUUGAGUAUAUUUUUUCUUCUUCUUUUUUUUCUUCUUUCCCUUUUUUUUUUUUUUUUUCUUAAGGAUUUGCAGAGAAACAAGCAAGCGGAGGCCAAGCAUUUAAUGGAUAUAUUUUUCACUGGCUCUUUUAUCAACAGCGUAUGAGAAAUCCCGAAGGACAGAAGCAGUUAGCUAACCAAUGAGGCAUCGUAGCCAGCGCUAGGCUCUGUGCAGGAGAAAAAGAUGCCGAAGGCAGAGCAGCUCUAGGGGAAAGAGAUUUAAGCGUAGGUUUGGUGCCGAGAAACAUGCCUCCCCUCUGUUUGGAGACCAGUCUGUAUGAGAUUGCCAUAGCCCGCAGCAGCCGUUUUGCGGAUGAUAGAGUUGUCAGACUGUGUGUGCGAAGGCUCCUACCACUGGGUGAGGGACCAGCGGGGAUUUCUCAUUAACGGAGUGAAUGUUAACAAGGAUAAUUCUGGUUUGUGAGCCUGCGUGUGCAGGGUGGAUCAUUGAUAGGAGCUGAUGGAUGGUCUUUGUGGGGAUUUGAUCAGGGAGAAGGUGGAUGGCAGUGCAUGUGACACUUUUCUAGCUGAUUGUCUCUGACUGAGGAGAGUCUGCAUAAGUAACCAGCCAGGUCCCAGGUGAAACCAGGAGCUGAGCAGUGGUCUGGAUGUUUAAUUUUUAGUGUUCUUUUGCAUUGUAGUGCCUUGGGUUUUAUGUUGCAUGAUGGUAACAAACUGGUGUCCAAGAAUUUCUCUACAAAACUUUCCUCAGUAAGAGAGCUUUCUGCUUUAUGCUAACAUGUUGGGCUAUUUGAUGCUAAUCCCCACCGUCAGGACGAGCUCACCGAGUGACAGCUCUUCUGACCUGCUUAGCAUCAGCCCUGGCUCUGGAGUAAUGCUGCAUUACAGCUUGCAUGAGCCCUGACCUGUCCCCGUGGGGAUUUUGGUGUGGAUUGCAGAGCGUGUGAGAGGUCUUGCUGGUGUGGCCAGUCCUGGCAUUGGUGCCGCUGCUAACACUGCUUGGGACAGAGAUGUUUUCCUUUGGCAGGAUUAGGCUGGAUUCCUUAUGGCUUCUGAUCUGUGUUUGCCAUCUGUUUUCCCCAACGGUGUUAUACUUUUUUUUUUCUAGAUCAAAAAAGUGAAAUUGUUUACCCAUUCCUCGAAUAUAAUCUCAUAUAUAAAGUGAAAAAAGUUAAUAUAUAAAAUAAACUCUGGUAUGUGCUGCAUGUAAAUGAGAGAUGCGUUUGCUCAUUCUUUCUCCUGUGGAGAAACCCAUUGCUCCUCAGGCUCACCCUCCUGACUGAGCUGGGGAGCUGCUGCCAAUGCUGAGCCUGAGCGCAGGAUCUGGCCCUGUAGUAGUGGGACUUCAGCUCCCCAGCGGCCAUGGGCACGCAUCUAGCUAGCCCCAUGGGAGCGUCUUGAGCUGAUGAUCUCUGAGGAGGCAGUUGGGGAGGAGCUGGGUUUCUAAAGCAUGGUCCCAGACUGCUUGCCGUGUCCCAUCUAGCGGGGCUUUUCAUGUUGUGCAGUUGGUGGCAGAGAAAGCCGAAUGAGUUUCCUAACCUGGAAUGUGCUAAAUCUGGUUUGUGUCAAGUACGACGCAGGAGAUACGCAGUGUGAGUGGAAAAAUAGCUGCCGGCAAGCGGAUUCAUGUCCUCUCAGAGCAAAUAAAACCCACUUUUAAAAUAAAUGUUAAAUCUUGCCUUUGGUUUGAAGGGAGCCAGGUCCACAGCUCAGGUAUGGUGAGAGAUAUUUUAGCUUGGGCUGCAGAAACAAGCUCACUGCUGGCUUCGUGACCCUAUCUCUAUCCGUCGAGGCCACUGAUCUGCUGGCUGCUCAAAGAGGGCUGUUACCUCCCAAAAACGUGGCUAUGGGGAGCAGAUUUUGGCUGGGGACAGUGUCUGCUCGCCAGGCUGUGCCAUUUCCUUCUGCCCGCCUUCCAGUGGGGACGAGGUGGGGGAUGUGCACGCCAGCUUUUUGCCCCUGAGCCUCCUUGCCUGGAGGAAAACAUUCAAGGAGACUCUGUGUGGGCUGGAUGCGAGUGCCGGGAGGUUUUCCCCACAGCCACCGCUGUAGGUGAUGUAUAUUUAUGAGAGGAACAAAGCAGGCCACGGACGGUGUGGAAGGCUGCUCUCCUCUGCAGGUGGCUCUGUAUUUCGGCAUGUCAGGAGGCCCGGAGCCGCUAUUUUGGUGUGGGCCGGCUGUGGCUGUACUCAACACGGUGCGCCCUGUGGUACAGCUGCUGUCUGUCCACAGAGAGCAGCAAGGAAAAGAAUAGGAAACGGGCGCAGUUUGGGGAUGGAAAGGGAGUUUUGGAGCACCUGGAUUUGCACCAGAAUCUGCUUCUGUAUGAGGUAGGCUGUGCGUUUAUUCAAAGUCAUUUCCAGCAUGGGGGAGCUGGCAGCCACGUCAGUUAGUGGCGCAGACAUGGUGUGGAGGAAAGGCCAGUCUGCUGGCUCACCGGGGUUUAGCUCACUGUUCUGUCUGUCUGCUCCUCUCAGGCAGUUGUGGGCGUUAGGCUCUGUAGUCCGCAUUCACAAAUGUAUUAGGAAUGUAUACAGUCACUGGUUUAUGACCAGUGGUGGUCAAUGUUUGCUCUUGGGCUGUUGAUCGAUCCAGAUUGCAUCUUGUGCAAGGGCCACGACUUCCCACUUGAACCCGUUAGCCGUCGUGUAGCACUGGAUUUCUCUGUCACUGAUUUGUUAUGUAUAUGCAUUCAUGUGUGUAUAUGUAUACGCAUAUAUAAAAAAAACAACUUACUGGUCCAAAUUUCAUGCUGUACAUCCUGUGGCCUACGUGCCUUCCUUCCCCCCACUUGUGGAAGGGAUUGCAAGCAGGGAUUGUCCUCCACGCUGAGACACUCAUGCAGGGUUUGUAAGGUCGACCUUUGUAAGGUCAUUUUUCCCUAUGUGGCCAGCACCAGUCCUGCAUGGUGCUUUGGGAAAUACAGGAAAAUCCACCAGUUUCUUUUGUGUUGCCAUUGGAAUUUGGGAUGCAGUAAGGACAAGGAUCCCCCGGUGCUACCUAUUUCUGUUUGUGUAGGUCUUUGUAAAGACAGUCGGGUGGCCCAUAUCUUGAAAAUACCUCAGCUGCAAUACACUUCCCAAAGGGUCUAUGUUGAGCUGGAUCAUUUCAGCCAGGACUCAUAAAGAGGAAUGAGGAGUGCCACAUCUGCCAAAUAAUUUGCUGUAGCCAGUGUGUGAGUUUGCUUCUGUGAGAUGAGGGUUUUUGCUCUUGGAUCAAACAUCAAAGGGGUCUUACAUAAUGCAGCGUCUUUUAACAUUGGUAAGGUAUUAGGCCAUAAUCAUGUAGUGCUCUGAUGUAUUUUAUUAUUCUAUUUUAUUUCUGAAUGUGGCUCACCUGUACUCAAGUGAUUCCCUAGCCCUACAGAAAAUAUUGAUAAAGGUGAUAAAGUCCUCUUUCUAUGCAGCUGUGGAUUUGGGUGCACCCCAAGCAACAGCAUCCUUAGCAGGGGUGGCUAGCUCUCCUGAUUCCUCAUCUACCUACCAAAUCUUUCUGGUGGCUGUGAGGCUCGUGAGCAUCUCCAGCAGAUUCUGUAGGCAUGAGAUUGUGAAGGCUGGGGCUGGGACUGAGCUGGGCAAGCGAGUGGGCCUCCUGUUGCCAGUGUGGUGGCCCCGUGGGGUUCACUGGGUUAUUGGUCACUGCAGGUGUGGGAGGCGUUGUUCUUUAAUGAACACUUGUGCUGUAAAAAUGAAGAGCUCAGCUGUCGAAAUAAGCCUCUGGUAAUGGAUGUGUGUAUAUGAUUUUUCCACUGCUGCUUAAUUUAAGGGAUUUUCCCUGUUCUGUUGGUUCUGGUUGCCUUUUUCACCUCCUCAUGAAAUCCCAAAAUGUAACACUCUUGGUUCUCUAUCGAAGUAUAUUUUUUCAAGGCGACAAUUAAAAUUGAAGAUUUCAGACAUUUGAGUUGCUCCUUCCCCUUCUGCAGCAAACGUCUGUGAAUGCUGCUGAGAGGGGAGUGCAAUAGCAAGUUUUAAGCAAGAAAGUCAUUUGGCACCGGGCUUGCGCAGGGACAAAUUCUCCAUCCCGCCGCGCUUUACAGCAUUACGGGUUUCUGAGCAUCCUCCUGGGAGCCAGGCUGCCGUUUGUCAGCAUUUGCACCAGCGCGAGGAGCGACGGCUGCCUUCAACAAUGCUGAUCAGCUCCCGUCCUGCUCCUCGCCCGCCUCCCCGACGUGCGGGGGAAUCUGUCUUCCCUGUCACUCAGGAUAAUGACGCCCCGCCGGCAGCGCGCAGGGCCGGCAGCACGCUGUAAUCUCCUUGAGAGCUUCAUUCCCCAGCUGGGACUCCCGAAUUUAAGCAUGCAGGUGGUAGAUGGUGGCUGCACUUGAGCCUGGCUGUUGGUGUGCCGAGCUGCUGAACGGGCUGAAGGGGCUUUUUUUUUUUUUUUUUUUGUCUGGAAAUAACCUUGGCUUUUGCAGGGGCAAAAUCUAAGGGUUUCACCUUGUAAAUCGGGUUUGCUUUAAUUUGAGCCACCUAUCCCAUUUUCGAAAGCUUUCUUGUUUAAGCGUGGAUUAAUAAUUCAUUCCCAAAUAGGGGGUUAGCGCAAUGGAUAUUUCAUUGUAAAUGCGUAUCUGUAAUUAGAACUCGGCGUGCGGAUG